GUGUCAAUCUGUACUCUCUCAUACACACAAACACACGCACUCGAGACUGAGACAGCGAACUUCACCAGGAGAUGUAAGAGAUUUGCAGUUUAAAGCACUUUUUUUUAUUGUUCGCUACUCAAAAGGAAAAAGCACACGACGACCACACUGGAAUUUUCAGCGACAAGAAGGAUUAUAAUAAUUCCUUACAUAAAGUUUAGUCACGGUUCAGCAUGAUUUCUGAGUGAUAUGAGUGGACUCGGUAUGGAUUUCGGCAACGAAGUGGAUCUUUCCAAUAACAACAUUACUCCGCUGUGGAAAAGGCGAAGCGAAAAUGACAUGAAGCCCAAGUCCAGACCUCUCAGUUACCAAAUGGACAGAGUUGUCAGGUCGGACUUUCCUGUGGAUGAUAGGUGCACCAUCACCCUCACCCAACCUGCUGAAAAGAUCAGCAGCACUCCAUCAAACCCUGCUGUGCUGAAGCACACCCUGAACAAACCUACAAAAAAGACUAGGGUGGUAAGGAGCAUCAGCAUUGGAUAUUUGUCUAAUGGACGCUUCUCGCUCGCAAAGUUUGCAAAGUCGGAGGAUGACAAAAAUUCAGAAGCCACUAACCCUGCAAAACCACCGACUCCAACCAAGAAUGGAAAUGGUCUUAGCGUUUGGCACAAUAAGAAUAUAAGAGAUCCUCUCAGGCGUCUUUCAAAUCAGUUGACCUUAACUUCUCAAAAAGAUCAGAUUAUUUUCGGGGAUUCAUCUCCAACGACGGACAUGGUUUCACCAACAAGUUUAUCUCCUCAGAGCCCCGUGCGCCAUCUUUCACCCCAAUCUCAGGAUGUCCGUAGGUCACCCCGCAGCUCCUCAUCCCACAGUUCCACCUCCAGCAUCCCCUCCCUCAAUUCCAGCCUUAGCAUCCCCUCAGACCCCCCUACUCCCCGGACACCAUCGCCCACCGAGAGGUUGGGGGGAGUCCUGUUGCACCGGCAGGGUUCAGGGUCAUCUCAGGGCUCUGAUGGCAAGCGCCCCCCAUCUCCAAUCAUACUGAGCACCCACAGUUCCGCAGCACAUAAGAUGGGCACCCAGCAGAUCAUACCCAGGGGUCUGGCCUGUGACACGCGCUUAUGCAAGCCACCUCAGAACCAGCCCCAGCGCGCAGGCCUAGGAGGGUUUUUGGACACUGGUAAAAGUGCUUUUCGACCUCGAAGUAUGUUCGAGACUGGGUCUUCUUUUUCCGCCAGCAAAGGUGACGAGCUGGAUGGAGAGGAGAACGCAGGGUUACUUUCGAGAGGCUUGCGCUCGAAAUCAUACCGCCGGGCAGUGGUCAGUGGGGUGGACGUGGACGUGCCAUCUUCAGACCCAAAAGCCAAACGGAUGUCCCAGCCUGCACUUAAAGGUGUUUCUGAGGACAAGGAGAUGUCGGCUAGCCCGAGUCCAACUAAAAGCAAGAGUGCAGAGAGGAAGAAAGGCCUGCCGAGACAGCGGACAUUUGACAGUGGGGAGGAUGAAGUUCUAUACCAGAACUACCAAGAGAAAGCCCUACACAAUGAUUCAGAUGAGGAUGCAGAGCCCAAAGAGCCCCAGCCAGAUAAUGGCAUUGUGGUCCAGUUCAGACCCAUACGGACCUCCUGGAGUCAACUCAGUGUGGUUAAAAAAAGUGGAUUGUGUGAGAAGUUAAGUCAAGAAGAAAGAAAGAAACAAGAGGCCAUAUUUGAGGUCAUCUCAUCAGAGCACAGUUACUUGCACAGUCUGGAGAUCCUCGUCCGUCUCUUCAAGAACUCAAAUGAGCUUAGGGGGACCAUUAACAAAACGGACCAUCACCAUCUCUUCUCCAACAUAGCAGACGUCUGUGAGUCAAGCAAAAAGUUCUUUAAGGAACUUGAGGAUCGGCACCAGCAGAACAUUGCAAUCGAUGACAUAAGUGAUAUUGUAAUAAGACAUGCCCAGACAAACUUUGACCCCUAUGUGACGUACUGCUCCAAUGAAGUGUACCAGCAAAGAACUCUACAGAAACUUUUAAACAAAAGCGUGUCCUUUAAGGAGGUGCUCACGCGAAUUGAAGCCCACACAGACUGCCGGAACCUUCCCAUGAUCUCCUUCCUCAUCCUUCCCAUGCAGAGAGUCACGCGGCUGCCUCUGCUGAUGGAUACCAUAUGCCAGAAGACGCCUAAAGACUCUCCCUAUUAUGAAGCCUGUAAGAAAGCUCUGCAUGUUGUCAGCAAGCUUGUGAGGAAAUGUAAUGAGGGUGCUCGUACCAUGGAGAGAACCGAAAUGAUGUACACCAUCAAUUCCCAGCUGGAGUUUAAAAUAAAGCCGUUCCCACUGGUGUCGUCCUCUCGCUGGAUGGUAAAGCGUGGGGAAUUGACGGCUUACGUAGAGGAAAAUGGGAUCUUUUCCAAGAGGACGUCUCGACAGCAUGUCUAUUUCUUCCUCUUUAACGAUGUCCUCAUUGUCACAAGAAAAAAAAGUGAAGAGAGUUAUACAGUUAUUGACUACGCACUAAGGGAUCAGAUCAGGGUGGGGUCGUGUCAGGCAGAAGACUUGAACCUCUCUCCUGUACGUGCCACGGCGGGAAUGUUAACGUCAAAACAGAGCGCAGCCAGUCACCUCUUCCAAAUCACAUUCCUCAGUAACCACUCCGGAGACAAAGUGACAAUGGUCUUGGGGGCAGAGCUACUUAAUGAAAGGGCUCGCUGGAUCAGUGCUCUCGGACAGAAAAACAGUGAGAAGAAUGCAGACAGAUCAAACGCCAUGCAGGUGGAGGUGACAAGGACGUACACGGCCAGACAGCCAGACGAGCUCUCUCUGCAGGUGGCUGAUGUUGUGCUGGUGUCUCAGACAGUGGACGGCUGGUAUGAAGGGCAGCGUCUGCGGGAUGGAGAACGGGGUUGGUUCCUCUCCGAAUGCGCUGAGCUCAUCACCUGCCAGGCGACUAUCGAGAAGAACAUGCAAAGGAUGGAUCGUCUGCAAAGCCUUGAGACCAACGUCUGAGCCCGUUUGACUCUUUUCCCUUUUAAAAUGCACAUGAAGAUAAAUGUGGAUGGACUAACCACUACACAAAGAGAACUGCUUCAGUUGCAUCCAAACACAAUUACUGUAUCACACCACAUGAAAUGACGUUUAAACAGCUUUUAUGUAAAUCUAAUUAUUGUUGACUUGAGUUCAAAGCUCAUUUUAAACAUGAGGAUAAAAAUUUGAUCAGGUUUUUCUGCUAAAAUGUGCCUUUUUUACUUAUUCAAAGUGACAACGGUUCACGCUAAUAUUUUAAUUCAAAGCACUCCUGCAUGCCGUGUGAACUUAAAAUGAUGAAUUAAUAGAGUUGUGGAAUCCCUAUUUAAAGUGAAGUUAUUAUAGCCACACAAAAAUGUUCACUCACACUUGUAUUGAAUCUCAGGGAAUCUAAACAUGAAUCUAACCACUGUAAAUCAUACCAAUGUAAAUAUGUAUCUGAUAACCUGAAUCUGUCUAUAUACCAGAUGCUUUAAUGUGCAUUUAAACUGUAAAUAAGUUUCAUUCCUUGAAGUCAUUCAUGGUGUGUUUCACCAACCAACAUAUAUCAUAUGACCAAUAUAAGUAUGUGUUUGUAAAUAUACAGCAGAGACCUCCAUAUGGAUUGCAUUAUGAUAAAUGUAAUGAAUUACUGUAAAGAAAAUCUACCACUUAUAAAACAUUAAUAACAAAACAGAUGUGUAAUAGCUCCUUCUGAACAAUGUCUAUAAAAUAAAUAAGCUGGUGGUUGAUA